AGUUCAUCAGGUAAUCAGAUGAAUAAUCAGCCAGUUGAUCAAAAUAACAAUACAAUGGGAAAUAAUCAGACAGGAAAUGGCCAAAAUAAAAACCAAGAUACAACAGAUAUGAACAAUAACCAAAUGAACAGCCAGCCAGCUGGGCAGUCAGGAAGUAAAAGCACUGAGUCUAACAACAUAAUCAUAGAGUACAAUGAAGACGGUAAAAAUAACAUUGACUUUGUAAUUCCCAGCAACCCAAAUACCUCUUCCUCUCCUGAUAUAAACAACAGCACCCAGCCAAAUACCACGCCCGUAUCCAUAGACUCUGGAGAGUUCAAGAACAAUCUUUCUUCGCACAAACUGCAAAAUGCAAAUAGCAACUCGAUCUUGUCAUCAGAUAAAAUGCUCAGCCCAUCAAUGGCUGCACCAACUGCAAAGCCUGCAGCACCCAAGGGCGCACCUUCCACUGGGGGAACUAAGCCUGCUAGCACACCCGCCAGCACAGGAGCGCCCUCUAGCUCGUCCUCUAGCGCAGGCAAAGGAACAUUUAAGCUGACAACUGAUCAGAUCAAACAAACCGUGGCAGCAUGCAACUACGGCGCUAACUACAAACCUGAUUUUGCAGCUGAAUUAGUAAACCAGAUAAACAACGCAAAAUGGGACAGCAAUGAGACGAGUAUGUUCCUGGCUCAGAUAUACCACGAGUCAGCGGGAUUGAGUCUACUGGUUGAACAAGCAUGCGUAUCUUCGCCAUGCACUAACUACGAUAAUGCAGAUAAGUCUAACGGCACUGUGGUUGGUGCUCCGGGAAAGCACUAUUUCGGAAGAGGAUACAUACAGCUCACAUGGCCAUCUAACUACAAGGAUGCCAGCAAUGCGAUCUACAAGGAUGACAGACUGUACACCAAUCCUGAUCAGGUAGCUACGGAUAAGAGCGUUGCAGCGGCUACGAGUAUAUGGUACUGGAACACAAAGGUAAUGACGUCAAAGUCACCACUGAGCAACUUUGGAGAGACAACAAAGGCGAUCAAUGGAGCCAUUGAGUGCGGUAAGGGUCCCAAUGCAGCAGCUAAGAACAGAUGGACCAACUACCAGGCGAUUGCCAAGAUAUUGGGUGUUACUCAGCUGGCAUCAGAGAAUGGCUGCUACUAA